CAUUACUACAAAAUCCUGCUACAAAUCAAAUUCCAACUCAAACCUAUGUUCUAGUAGGUGAUUUAAUCCAAUUGGAUGGCACACCUUCUUCAACUAUUCAAAAUAUAUCUUCAGACAAUAUUUUUUCGAAUUUACCUCAAAAUGAUACAGAAUGGUUUGAUAAUAUGGAAGAUAAAUAUAAUAUAAACACUGAUAAAAAAUGGCCCGAAUUAGCUAGAACCUUGCUCUAUGACUAUCCAAAAAGAAAUAUCAUAAAGAUAGAAGGUAAUUUUGGUGAUAAACCA